UCUUUCUUCUUCACUUUCUAGAGAGAGAAACUGUAAAGCUAUAAUGUACAUGUAGACUGAGUGCGCCAAUCAAAACGCUUUCUUUUCUCAUUUUCACGUCAUCGGAGCGAUUUUCUAGCUACUGCGUAUCUCUGAUUUCCGGCAAAUCUUAGGAUCUCGCUCUUUUUCUGCGCCAAAAGCUUGAGAUAAUUAAAAAGGAGAACAUCUCAAAAGGGUAACUGUAGAACUCGCAAUGGGAAAUGGUGAGGAGCCUAAGUCUGAGAAAGCCAUUCCACCUCCAGUGGAUCAGACUAAUGUCCAUGCCUAUCCAGAUUGGGCGGCUAUGCAGGCAUAUUAUGGGCCCAGGGUUGCUAUUCCCCAGUACUUCAAUUCAACUGUUGCAUCUGAUCAUGCACCUCACCCUUACAUGUGGGGACCAGCACAGCCUAUGAUGCCACCUUACGGAAUACCUUAUGGGGCAAUCUAUGCACAUGGAGGCAUUUAUGCCCAUGCCCAUCCUGGAGUUUCUUUUGCUCCAACACUGGAUGUUGAAACCCCUACUAAGUCAACAGAUAAUACUGAUCAGGGUUUGAUGAAGAAGAAAUUGAAAGGAUUUGAUGGUCUAACUAUGUCUAUAGGCAAUGGCAAUGCUGACAGUGCUGAUACUGGGGCUAACCGUAAUGAUUCUCACAGCAGUUCGGAAUCAGAUGGCUCAAGUGAUGGAAGUAUUGGAAAUGCAGCAGGGGCACCACGAAAAGGUAAAAAGCGAAGUCGAGAAGAGACACCAACAACUGAUGGAGAUGGAAACACUGAAACACAGAAGUCUCAAGUCCCAGUUGGGAUAGAAAUUGGCGCUGUUGGAGGAAAUUUUAUAAAACUAGAGCUUGGAAACCCUUCUAGCUUGGCUGUACAGGCUACAACAAAUUCUUUGCAACCUUGUGCCACAAUGGCAACUGAAACCUGGUUAAAGAAUGAUAGGGAGCUGAAAAGGGAGAGGAGAAAACAGUCCAACCGAGAAUCUGCAAGGAGGUCCAGAUUGAGGAAGCAGGCUGAAGCUGAGGAACUUGAAAAAAGAGUUGAUGCGCUCUCCACCGAGAAUGCCUCCCUCAAAUCUGAAAUCAAUUUCCUAACAGGAAAUUCGGAGAAACUGAAGCUGGAGAAUGUUGCACUAACCGAGAAGCUAAACAGGACUCAACCAGAGAAAAGAGGAGGAGAUGUGGAAGGUCCCAAAUGGGCACCUGUGAGUACGGAGAAUCUCCUGGAAAGAGUCGACAAAUCGGGUCCUCCUCCGGAUAUAAGCAACGUGGAAAUUUUCAAGAAAAAAACUAACUCUGGCAUGAAACUUCGACAGCUGCUGGACUCUAAACCCAGAGCUGACGCUGUAGCCGCAAGUUGAUGGAGCCAGGCCAGGUUGGUUUGAAGGUGGAAUAUUUAAAUUAAUCUAAUUAAGUGUAGUUUUGGCAUAGUUUUAAGCCCAAAAUUUGCUUUGCUAACUUUUUGGGAGAGGAGCCUAAAAAAAGUUUAGCUGGAUUAUCAUCAUAGGAAGAAGCAAACAAGACUUGUUUUUGUUUUUGUUUUACUUACAUGCAGUGAAGCUGUGAAAUGUAAUGGUGAUUUGCAUGUCCAAAUAUGUAAUAGUGAUUAUCACAUCCAGACUUGGUUAGGCUCCAUUUGGUUUGCUUUGGUUUGUACAGGUUGGUGGGGAUAAUAUAAACUUUAUCUAGUAGAGUGUUGUUUGGAUGAUAAUUUAUAAUAUGAGAAUACUAAGUUUCAAGCU